AUGAUAGCUACGAGCUACGGGCUACGAGCUACGAGCGGUGCUACGAGCUACGAGACCAGUCCCGUCAAACGAUACCCCAUUGCAUUCCUUUUGUUAUUCCGCUAUGAGAACCAUUCUCUGCUUCAAUCCGUAUUUCGCAUUAUUUUCUUUUUACCGACUAACGAAUCUGAGCUUCACAUUCCCGUUCCGAUGUCGAUAUUGACGAUGUUCGAAGUACAAGUAUCUCAUAUUCGGAUUUCUAUGAGAUAA